ACGUUGGCGUCGUAGACCACUCGUGCGCCAAUUCCUCCUCCCCCUCCUGCUCCCCGACAAGGCAGCAGCAACAACCUGAUUACCUGACUCAUGGCGGGACGGAUGACAUCCCCAAAACCCUAACCCCGCGCCACUCGCCGUCACAGCCGCACCCGCGUGGGCCGGCCCAGCGGCCUCAACCGGAGCCGAAGCGCCAUUGAUGAGCCCAGAGCCUGCCGUCGCCGCAGCCAGCGAUGCACAAGCUCCUCCCACGCGCCGCCUCCUUCCUCGACGCCGCGGCCCCCGUGCUGCUCUCCUCCCCACGCAUGCCCACGCUGUGCCUGGUUGGUAGCCCGUUCGUACCCGCGUGCUCUGGCGCAAACUCUGGCCGCAUCCGCUCGCCGCCGUGGCUGCGCUGUGACGCUGGGAGGAGGCGGGGACUCUGCUCCGCCGAGGCGGCCAGGCGCGGGGGCGAUACGGAGGAGAGGGAGAAGGGUGGCGGGGGUGGCGCGGCGCCGCAGAGGAAGCAGAGAGGUCGGAGUGAUGCGCUGGUGGGAAGUGGGGAGCUGCUUGCCAUUCCCGGAGUCGGGCCACGGAACCUGAGGAAGCUCGUGGACAAGGGAUUCGAUGACGUGGCGCAGCUCAAGCAGUUCUACAGGGAUAAGUUCUUUGGCAAGUCUAAUGAGAAGAUGGUUGAGUUCUUGCAAAAUUCAGUUGGCAUCAUUCACAAGAACCAUGCUGAGAGUAUAACUUUGUUCAUUAAAGAGAGUGUUGAUGAAGAGCUGAAAGGCACUGAUACAUCUAACCUUCCUAAAAAUAGGAGGCUGACCUUCUGUGUAGAAGGGAAUAUCAGUGUUGGGAAAACUACCUUCCUUCAAAGAAUAGCCAGUGAAACUAUUGAACUACGUGACCUUGUAGAAAUUGUACCUGAGCCUAUUGCUAAGUGGCAGGAUGUUGGCCCUGAACACUUCAAUAUACUUGAUGCUUUCUAUGCGGAGCCACAGAGGUAUGCAUACACCUUCCAGAAUUAUGUAUUUGUGACAAGGGUCAUGCAAGAGAAGGAAUCUGCAUGUGGAAUAAAACCUCUUCGGCUAAUGGAAAGAAGCGUUUUCAGUGAUCGAAUGGUUUUUGUUCGUGCCGUGCAUGAAGCAAACUGGAUGAAUGAGAUGGAGAUCAGCAUUUAUGACUCUUGGUUUGACCCAGUUGUGUCAUCACUCCCAGGUCUUAUCCCUGAUGCUUUUAUUUAUCUAAGAGCUAGCCCUGAUACUUGCCACAAAAGAAUGAUGGUGCGAAAAAGAUCAGAGGAGGGUGGUGUUACUCUUGAUUACCUUCGAGGUUUGCAUGAGAAACAUGAGAGCUGGUUACUUCCAUCCAAGGGAGGAGGUUCCGGCGUGUUGUCCGUCAGUCAGCUUCCAGUUCAUAUGGAGGGCUCCCUGCCUGCGGAUAUACGAGAUAGGGUAUUCUACUUGGAAGGAGAUCAUAUGCAUUCAAGCAUUCAGAAGGUUCCUGCUCUUGUCCUGGACUGCGAACAUGACAUUGAUUUUAACAAGGACAUUGAAGCCAAACAGCAAUAUGCUCGGCAAGUUGCGGAGUUCUUUGAAUUUGUGAAGAAAAAGAAGGAAUCUCCUACAGCAGAGAUGACUGAUGGCAAUAACAAGAGUAUCAACAAACAGAUUGUGCUGCCGCACAGAGGUGGUUUGUGGGUGCCCGGAGGCAGCCCAUUACCAGAAUCAGCUCUAAAGUCGUUUGAUUUCAGGAGAACAAUGUCUUCCUUCCUCUCAACUUAAGGGGGCUAGGCGCUAUCAAUUUGUGCCCACACCCUGAAUUGGUGCGCUCCAGCAAUGUAUCUCGAUUGCAAAAUGUAUAGACCUUUAACUGUCGACCCUGUAAAUGUGUAAAGAUUACAUAUAAAUUUAGGCUUUUUAGAUGGUGUUGGCGUACAAUGUAUUAUACUAGUGGUAUCCAACUCUUGCCUGUAAUUGUUGAUCGUGCUGCUUUCUGUUUGCCUGUAAAUGUUGAUCGAGUGCUUUCUGUUUGCCUGUAAAUGUUGAUCGAGCUGCUUUCGAGGCAGUACUUGCUAAAUUUGGGGGUGGCAUCAGAGGCGCAGAACUUUUUUGUUUUAUCUUGGCCUUUGCGCCACAAGCUUGUGGCUUGGUCCAAUCGUGCCUUGUUAUUUUGUGGGUUCAGUACUGUGCUUCACUCUUACAGAAAUUGUAAGUGAAACCAUGAAUUUUAUCA